AUGGCAUCGGGCACUCUUCCUCCGCCUCCCAGGUCAGCCCAGUACUCCCACAGGGGUGCGGUCACCAGGAGACUGGGCUUUACAACCUUCACGCCCCCAGCAGCCUGCCUGCCCCCAGCAGCCUUGCCCACCUCCCUCCCCACACCUGGCUCCCCUGACCUGUCCCCUGACCUGCCUCCUGACCUGCCCCCUGACCUGCCCCCUGCUCUGCCCCCUGCUCUGCCCCCUGACCUGCUCCUUGACCUGCCCUUUGCUCUGCCCCCUGCUCUACCCCUGGGCCUGCCCCCUGGAGAUUUUUUUUACACUGGGUCCACCCUUGUCAUCGCUGGGCUGGGCUCUCGGGUGACCCAGAGGGCCCUGUGUCAGCCUCCAGCCCAGAGGGUGGUGGGCCAGCUCAGGCAGCAACUCGCCGGGCGCUCCUUCCCGGACUCCGGGCUUGGGGACUUCUUGGGGACCCUGGGGGCUGAGGACCACGAGGUGGAGUGGGUGUCAGAUGGCUGGGGGCCCUUGAGGGGUGCCCCCGCCCCCAGCCCGGCCCUGCGGGGCGCUGCCCGGUCGGUGACUCAGCGCCGGGUCUGCCCUCUCGUCCGCAAGGCGCGCUGCAGGCUGGGGCGCCGGCGGCGAGGAAGCUGCGGGAACUUGCGCCUCCUCGCAGUAUCAGCUGGCAGUGGACACGCCAGGGCAGAGGCGACCUCUGAAAGGGCUAAACGCUGCCACUCCGAGGCCGCCUGCCCAGCGGCAGAGGCUCUAUUUCAGGACCUUCAGGAACAUUUCCAGGCUCUGACUGCAACCCUGAACCUCAGAAUGGAAGAGAUGGGGAGCCGCAUCGAGGACUUGCAGAAGAAUGUGGACAGCCUAAUGGUGCAGGCCGGGAUCGGGGACGUUGCUCGAGAACCAGGGCAGGUGGCGUAGUGGUUAAAGGGGCCGGAUUCCCACAUGGCCAACCACGGUUCGAGUCC